GAGAGAAGCCGCCGUUGUAGUCUCAGAAUAAGAAACAGGCAAUGGCGAGGAUUAAGGUCCAUGAGUUGAGGCAGAAAUCGAAGACCGAUCUUUUGGCUCAGUUGAAAGAUCUCAAAGCAGAACUUGCUCUUCUUCGCGUUGCCAAGGUUACCGGCGGUGCACCUAACAAGCUUUCGAAGAUCAAGGUGGUGAGGCUGUCCAUUGCUCAGGUAUUGACAGUAAUCUCACAGAAGCAGAAGGCUGCACUGAGGGAAGCAUAUAAGAAGAAGAAGUUCUUGCCCCUUGAUCUGCGUCCCAAGAAGACCCGAGCCAUCCGCAGAAGGCUUACCAAGCACCAGGCAUCAUUGAAGACCGAAAGGGAGAAGAAGAAGGAAAUGUACUUCCCAAUGAGGAAGUAUGCCAUUAAGGUGUAGGGUAGGCACUCUCAUUCACAUUUCAAUAGUCCUCUACUUUCUAGUCAUUUUGUUCGUAAAACCCGAGUUGUGAUUUCGUUCGGUUUUAGCGUCUGUGAACUUUUUAUCCAUUGUCAAAAACCAAGAUUCUGAUCUUUCUAAUCAAGUGGUAAUUGAUGGAUUUUUGCA